AAAAGUUCAGCCGGCUUGUAACGUUCAAAGCACCGCAACUGACCGCAACUGUUUGCAAACAAUACAUCACGAUCGCAGAGUAGUUAGAGAUAAAUUAUUUAGAUUAACAAUAUAUUAAAUAAAAAUAAUGAGUGAAAAGAAUUUACGCCGGUCUCGUCGUCUUCAGCAGCCGGUUAAUUAUUUGAGUGAAUAUGUUGAUCUGUCACCGGUUAAGAAUAAACGCAAAAACAGCCAAACAGAGACACAUGAUGUAGUUGAUAAAGAAGAACAAAAAAAUUUACUGCCAGAGGAACUGGAAAAAGAACUCGCGGGAAUAGAUGAAGAGGUACAAAGAUCCACAAUACUGUUUGACGACAAAGAUGUCAGCGGGAAUCGUAUCUACGGAUUCCAGACUCCGGUGAAGAAGAAUGCGAUGACUGAGAAGGCGAAGCAAUCCCAGACUCUUAGAACGCCAGCAUCGGUAUCCAAAAAUCUUAUGUCAGUCCGUGUGUUGGCUGAAAAAAUAGACGAGCUGUCUCCAGCUAAAGUCAGAUCUGCUGUGAAAAAACGGCAGGUUCAUUUUGACAGUGAGAGCGAGUCAGUGACCGAAGGAAGUGAGUACGAGCCUUCUGACAGUGACGAUGAAGAGGAGUGUAAUGAUGGCACUAUUGAUUCUGAUGCCAGCAAUCAGUCAGAUGUGGAGAAUAAUGCUGGAAAUGUUACACCGAAAAAAAACCAGAGAGUUGCUAAAAAAAUUCAGACUCCAAUCACUCCUUGCAGGCGUGGAAAAUCUAAGAAUACUAUUGUUUAUCGUGAUUACCAUCUCAAGACAGACGAGUACUUUGAAACUCAAUCAGAGAAAGCUCUCACUUCAGAUCACACGCUGGGAAAAUUAAAAAAUCCAAAAAUGAAUGAGGAAAAGCUCCAAGAGUUGCUAAAAGAUAAAAAUUAUAUAUCAAGAAAACAUUUAGAAGGAAUUCAAGAACUUUUGGAUAAUUAUAGAAGUUUAUUUCCCAUGUGGUAUCGCAUACUUGAAGAAGGUUACAGUUUACUACUACACGGAUUGGGCUCCAAAAGAAAUCUGAUAAACGAUUUUCACCAGGAAAUAUUAUCCGAGCACCCGACGUUAGUAAUAAACGGUUUCUUUCCCAGUCUGACUAUAAAAGACAUACUCGAAGGAAUAAUAACGGAGCUUCUAGAGUUAGAGUGUCCUUCAAACAUAAACGAUUGCUUCACGAUAAUCGAGAGCACGAUGAAGAAGAAUCCUGAUGAUCGUUUGUAUUUGCUGGUCCAUAACAUUGAUGGUGCGAUGUUGAGGUCAAACAAAUCCCAGGAUAUGCUCUCGCGACUCGCAGCCAUCGCGAAUGUAAGGAUGGUAGCAUCUGUUGAUCACAUAAACGCUCCAAUGCUAUGGGACAACGUCAAGCGAGCCAGGUACAAUUUCUACUGGUGGGACACUACGACUCUGUUGCCGUACGAAGCAGAAACUUCUUAUGAGAGCUCACUCCUGGUGCAGCGCAGUGGAGCUCUUGCUCUGUCUUCUCUAAGAAAUGUAUUCGCGUCUUUGACGACCAAUGCAAAAGCGAUUUAUACAAUUCUUGUCAAGUACCAGAUUGAGAAUGCUAAGAAUACUUUCUAUCAUGGCAUGGCUUUCAAGGACUUGUACCGCAGUGCUCGAGAGAGGUUCCUCGUCAGCUCGGAUAUUGCUCUACGCGCUCAGCUGACAGAGUUUCUUGAUCACAAACUUGUCAAGACCAAGCGCAAUGUUGAUGGUGCUGAGUAUCUGGAUAUUCCUCUGGAUAAAUCGCUGCUUCAAAAGUUUAUUGAAGACCAGGAUGCUUCUGGAUAAAUUGUAGUUUUUUUGGAUAUAAAGUUAAUUAGUUUUCAUAUUGCCAAUACUUAUUUAAUUAGAUUA